AUGCUAUCAACGGCGUUUGCUGCCCAAUUUGUGAUGUACACUCCAGGAGGAGACGACACUGCCGUGGAGCGAGCCGACCCUAUCCUCUUUCCUGAUACCAUCAGUGCCCACGUGCACCAGAUCUUUGGUGCCUCGGCUUUUACUUCUGAGCUCAGCUACGACGCUCUUCAGGCAUCUGAAUGUACCACCGUCGGCGAUGCUAGCGGUGAUGGGAACGGCGCCGACAAGAGCUCCUACUGGCAUCCAGCACUCUACAUGGAGUCUGCCAACGGUACUGGAUACGUUCGAGUCCCAACCAGUGGCCACAAGCUCUACUACCGUGACGUCGGCAACGAUGCCGACAAGAAGGCCGACCCGUUCGAGUUCCCCAAGGGAUACCGAAUGGUCGCUGGAAACCCAUUCCAGCGUGCCGCCGGCAGCGACGCUGGAUCUCAGGGUAUCACUCAAUGGAUGUGCCACUCUUCCAGCGGCUCUAGUGAAGGCGACAAGGGCGGCUUCCCAACCGAUGUCAGCGACUGCGAUGCCUACCCGGGCUUCAAUGGCGCAAUCCACUAUCCACACUGCUGGAACGGCGAGGACUUCGACCAGUCCAACCCGUCGGCGCACUACUCUUACCCAGAAGGCGAUGUCCAGAGUGGUCCCUGCCCAAGCUCUCAUCCCAUCCGCCUUCCACACAUCUUCAUCGAGAACCAGUUCGACCUUCACUCAGUCGUGGACCAAGUCAAGCCCAACACCUUCGUCCUCGCCCAAGGUGAUUCUACUGGCUUCGGCUGGCACAUGGACUUCUUCAACGGCUGGGACGAGGGGGCCAUCCCUGAACUCAUGAAGUCCUGCCCCGCCCCUUACUACGGCAAUGCAGAUAUUGGCACCUGCCCGACAUUCAAGAAGUUCGACACCAAGGCCGCCGACUGCAAGUUGAAGGUCACUUUCGACGAGAAUGUCGAUACCCCUGGCAAUGACCUCCCUGGCUGCAACCCGGUUCAGACCACGAACCCCGCGGUGAAGAUGGCGGUUGCUGCUUUGGGAGAGGCUACGGAUAAGUGUUCGGCAUCUAGUGGCGGUAGUGGUAGCAGCGGCUCUUCUGCUCCAGCAUACUCUGCCUCUUCCGCACCAGCUUCCUCAGCUUCCUCAGCCCCAGAGAGCUCUGCCGGAUCUGCACCAGCGUACGAAGCCCCAUCUUCCUCAGCCUCACCCACGACUCUUGCUACCUCACCUGUCGCCAUCACCGCGACUGCAUAUGGCGACAAGAACGCCAAUAACAACGUCGUCUACGAGACUCAGUACGUCACCGUCACGGCUCGAGACCUCCCAACACCUGCUGCUCGUGCCGCUGCCCUGGAGGCUCGCCACGGUCAUGCUCUCAAGCAUCUCAAGGGGCGUGGGCACCGCUUGUAG